UUCGAAAUCCGGCAGCUGAGAGCUCACCUAGCCCAGCAAGAUCUGGACCUGGCUGCGGAGAGGGAAGCGGCGCUGCAGGUCCCCCAUAUGCUAAACAAACAGAGCAGCAACAGGUACAAAGUGGUGGCCGCGGCGGGAGAUUCCGACGACGAGGUGACGGAGAACAUCACUGAACUGCGACCCCCUCGAGAGGCUAUGGUCAAAGACGACAUGAACAACUACAUCAGUCAAUACUACAACGAGCCCAGCAGUGACAGCGGCGUUCCCGAACCGGCCGUCUGCGUGAUCACCACCGCGGCCAUCGACGUGCAUCAGCCCAACAUCUCCUCAGACCUCUUCACGGUGGACAUGCCGAUGAAGAUCGUCGGAAGCAACGGGACUUCCACCAGCGUCACCUCCGGCAGUGCCUCCAGAUCCACGGACAGCUCCGUCACCCGAGCGCAGAGCGACAGCAGCCAGACGUUCGGCUCUUCCACCGACUGCAGCACAACCCGGGAGGAGUCGUCCGAGUACUGCCCCUUGGAGAGGGCCCGCAACGAGGCGAAGCGCAACCAGGUGGAUCCUUCCGCCCACCGAGUGAACAGCACCGUGGUUCAGGAACUGCUCUCCUCUCUGUCCGAAGAUUCUUGCCUGACGCAAAAAGGACUGGACCCGGUCAACCUCAAACUGCCCAGUCCUGCCGGGUCUACCAAAGCCAGCCCCGAACUGGAACACCGCAUGAAUAUUUACAACAAGAAGAACCAAGAAAGCUUUGGGGUCUUUCAGAUAAAGCCAGUGAUUCACUUCCAACAAAACGCGCCGGUCAUCGACGACAAGUACGCAUCUUUGGAAUCCAAAGGGGCAAAGCUAAACAGGAUCCCAGAUUCAUAGUCCUUUUGCCACUAAAAGGGGGGCGGGGGAGAUGCUUCUCAAGGGGGACACUCUGAAGCUUUUAAGGGGGGCCCGCCUGAACCAUCCCCGGGCGGGUAUCUUGCGUGGAUUGGAAUGAGUAAUCAUUUUUUAAAAAAAUGCAUGAGUUGUGAGAGCCAGCACGAGAAAAAAUGGAAAAAAAAUAACCACUUGACAUUUCUACCAUCUGAAGUCCUUGGGCUUCACCCCCUGUCCAAGGGGGGGCAAGGGAACCGCCGUUAAAACGACGACCUCAAAGAUGUAUAGAUUCUUAACGUGUUUUUUAAAAAAAACAAAAUCAUACACAGAAUCCCACAAUUUUUAUGGAACUCUGGACAAUCUUCUAUCAGGUGAGGUUUCAGCAGGGUACGAUAACAUGCAGAUACAUAACUUCUCUCCUUCUACAAUUUCUUACAGUUUUUUCCUUUGUACAUGACGGCUUAAGAAAAAAGCAACCCUUUGUAUAAAUAUGGUGAUUAUUUUUGUUCUUCCUAAGGAGGAAAAAAAGAGCCACUUUUUCAAGGAGCA